AUGACAUUGGCACAUGUCCUGUCAAAUUGCCGGCCGCAAACCUAUGCUGUUCGAACAUCUUUUGCGUUGGACUGUUCCAACCAGUCCACGAACAGCUUGGACCCAGACUGUAUGCGUUUGCGAGACCUUUUUGCGGGGAAAGAGGUGCUGGGAUCCAGUGUGACGGAAGAUUGUGGUGUACCCUAUGAGACUGAGAAUCCGUUCAAGCGUGUGAAGCGUGUCAUAUAUGUUCAUGACUCCCAAGAUGGACUGUGGUAUCAUUGCUGCGAAUACCGGCCGCCUUUCGGAUAUUUCUCACACAGAACACCGCCUCCCAAGCUAGAGGCUGAAGAUGUUAGCCUCGGAAGCAUGGCGAUGAAAUUUGCCUCUGGAUUGUUUGCGAAGAAGAAAAGCCAAACAGAGCCGGACCGUCUUCCAGUUGGACAAGCUCCAAAAGAGGAAGGUGACUUCAUGGAGCAACCGCAGGGACCACUGCUGCAAUGCAACGUGUAUGAGAAUUUGAAACUAGUGCAGAACAAGGAUAUUGGCACGCGAGAAAGUCUUGGAGACAUGCCUACAAGGUGCAUGGGUGAUGAGGCUGUGCUACUUCGUCGAUUUACCGGGGGCUCUAAGCGCAAGGAGCCAGGAAAUCCAUUGGAUCCAACUGAGAUUCCAAAAGACACGGAAUGCGUCGAUAUUGGACCAAAAGGCACGCCAACUGUUUUGGGAAAAAAUUAUGCGGUUUUUACGCUUGAAGCGCCAAUGCCUCUCUCUUGCCUAGCAUUUGCGAAUACCCUCAGGGCAAAACGGCUUCGGAUGAGUUCCAGACCUGGAAACUCUGAGAUUGGCAGCUUCCUCUAA